AUGGAAGUGUAGUAAAAUCUUGAUUGAAGGGAAUAAAAAUUAAAGAGCAGUAAAAGUAAUCCCAAUGAGCAAAGUAAAGAAUCCAGAUAGAUUCAAAAUAAAGGAAGUUUAAGUGAACAUGAGGCAUAUGAGAUAUUUUUAUAAAUUAUACAAGUAAAAUAAUGAGUAAAAUUAGGCUUUGAAUUAUGGUCAUUCAAAUGGAACAUGUCAUAAAUAUUUAAAACCUGAAAAUUUGUUAUUUUUAAUAAUGGCAGAUAAUUUCCCAAUAAAAGUUAUAGAUUUUGGAUUAAAUACUUUAUUUGAGGAUUCUAUUACUCUAUUACUUCUAAAACGAAUUAGCUAGAAAGUAACAAUGAAAACAAAAGUUAGAACACCUUAUUACAUUUCUCCUGAAGUUUUCAAGAGAAAUUGUGAUGAAUUAUGUAUUUGAUCUAUUGAGUAUUGGUAUUAUCCUUUAUAUUACUGUCUACAGUGCCACUAUUCUUUAGAGAUUCUGAUUCUGAAAUUUUUGGUGCUGUUUAAAAAGGAGAUUAUACAACAGAAAUACUAGAGCUGUAAGUUCUUAGUGUUUCAGCUUAAGGUCUUACAACAUAUGAUUAUUUCAUCUGGUAUUCAAAUUUAAGAAUAAGGAAUUAUAAAAAUUAUUUAUAUUAUCUUUUAAAAUAUUUCAGGCAUCUUAAGUUCUUUUACAUAAAUGGAUGAGAGAAUCUAAUAAGCAAACAAAAUGUUUACUAAAUAAUAUUAUCAUUUAGAAUUGAAACUAAAUUGAUUUAAUCAACAAAUUUUAAUUGAAGUAAGAGAUUAAAAAAAUUGGAUUAACUUUUAUUGAAUCUCAAUUAAAUGAAUAGGAAAUUACAGAUUUAUGCUAGUAAAUUCUAUAAUUAUACUACAACUAGAUUAUUUAAAUUAUUGGAUAAAAAUGGUGAGAGAGUCUAGAUUAUUGUAGAAUUAAGGUAGGGUUUAACUGGAGUAAGUGAUUCAUAAUAAAAGUGAUUAGCAAAUAUAAUUAAAUGUAUGGUUACUGAUGGAAACAGAACAAUCAACUAUACUGGUAUCAAAUUUAUAAAAAAAGGUUUUGGUUGCAAUUAUGGAAAAAUCAUUAUAUAUGAAAGAAUUAAGCUUUUGAAAUGUUAGAUAGUAGAUGGAAGUGGUAGAAUAAAUAAAAAGGAACUUUAACUGUUUUAGGAUGUAAAUUAUUUAAUUAAUUAUUUUAGAAAGUGAAAAAAUUGUUGAUGAAAAAUAUUGGGAUGAAUUGAUUAGGGAAGCAGAUAAAAAUGGAGAUUGA